GUCGUCGUCGUCCUCCCGUCUCGUGCCAUUCGCCGCAGAGUCCCCAACCUCCACUCCCCUCCUCGCCCGUCUCCAAUGGAUGGCCAUCAGUUCGGGCCAUGGAACCUCUUGCCCGACGACAUCCUGGAGUUGCUGGUCGGCCGCAACCUGUGCGAGAUCGACCGCCUCCACGCGCGCCGCGUCUGCCACUCCUGGCGCGCGGCGUUCGCGAGGAUCGAGCCCCCGCCGCCGCCUCCACCGCUGCCGUUGCUCCUCCUCCCGGAAGCCGACGACAACGAGCACGGUCUUGCCUUCUCCUGCGUCCUCAGCGGCUGGGACACCCACCCCUUCUUCCUCCCGCGCGCCGCGCGGCACCGCGCCCGCUGCUUCGGCUCGUGCGAUGGCGUCUGGCUCUUCCUCGCCAUGGAGGACGGCCUGCAAGGCGACCGAGCUCGAGACCACGUCCUCGUCAACCUCCACAGCUUCCAGUUCCUCGACCUCCCCAACGUGAUCCGCCUCGACCACACGUUCCCGCAAUUGAUGAAGGACAUCGAGAUCGCGAUCGUCGCCGUCACGCUCUCGCGCCAGCCAACCCAGCAAGGAUGCGUCGCCGCCGGCAUCAUCGAGCUCCCUCCCUUCCCCAUCGGAGUGCGGCCGUUCGCGUUCUGGCGCAUGGGGGAUCGGGUGAUCUUGCCUUUCUACGAAGACGUGUUCGGGGAUCAAGCAGUAGAGGACGUCAUAUACCACAACGGCUACUUCCUCUUCCUCACCCAGGACGAACACAUUCGUGUGUGCCAAGAGCCGGUCUUCCACGACACCAACGUGGACGUGGACUCGAUCCUGUUGCGAUUCGAGCCGCGCGUCGACGACGGCGACGCCGUCCUUGCUCGCUACCUCGUGCUGUGCCGGGGGAAGGUGCUCAUGGUCGUCAGGUUGGGCUGUCCACAUCGCCGCUCGCCGACGUCGGCGUUCCGGGUGUUCGAGAGAGUGGACUAUCUGGUGGUGAACGCCGGCGUGGUCGAGGUGCUUGAGCACACCUGGAGCGAGAUUGACGAGCUCGGCGGCAGGAUGCUGUUCCUCGGGCGAGGCUGCUCCAGAUCCUACGAGGAGGCCGAUGGGUAUCCCGGCAUGGAGGGCGUCUACUUCUUGGAUGACCGGAGCUUCCGUGACCCGAUCUUCCACGACCCGGACAUGGUGUUCGAUCACACCUACCAUUGCUGCGACAAUGGCAGAUGGUAGAAAUCACCGUUCAAUGUCGAUCGCCGCUUCCCGGAGCGAGGCCGGUCGAAAAUCUCUCCUCCGGUUUGGAUUCUCCCUUGAAGAAAUUAACGAACAGGGGUUAGUUCAACAGGUCAAGUUAGUUUGUGAUUGUUUGUUUCUUCUUUCUGAGAAUCUGAGUUCGAUGGUGUUCUCGUGUUCAAAUUGUUGCUGAUUAGUAGUAGAUAUAAUUUGCCUGCAUUUCUUUGUGGUGCAAAGCUGAAGGCAGAACCCGUUUAGUGCUGAAUUGCUACAGACGAUACUUGCCGUUGAUUCAGUGAUAUUCUUCACAUGUCUCAGUGAAUUCAAUUACACUUUUAAAUCUAUAUAUAAAUGAAUUACUAGUUGCUAACAUGAUUGUUACUGAUCUGCAGUACGUACAGACUUCUAGUUUCUAUGAUAUUUAGAUCAUGUGCAGAAUGAGGUGUGUGUAAGAGUAAUGUACCAGGCUUGACCUUGUUCCACUUCCUUUCAUGUUUCAUGGUUCCUGAGAGUUCGAUGACAAUAUUAUACAUCGGACAUUGUUAUGGUUAAUCUUCAAUUAUUUGUUAGCUUUAAAACAAGUCACAUUUGCAGGGCUU